UGAACCGGUUUUUUUAGUUUUCGCAUUCCACAAAAGAAAUUUGAAUACAUACUUGGAACUAGUGUAAUUUUAUAAUUCCGCAUAAAAAAGAAGAAACAUUUUCAGUUCUAUGGUGACAUAUUGCACAUUUUAGUGAUUUUACUAUGAUUAUAAAUUAUAAUAAUAUGUAUGACAGUGUUUGAUUUGUAAACACUGUUUAUCUGAAAUGAUUAAAUACUAGGAUAUUCUUUUAUUUAUAUUCUCGUGGAUUAUCUGAUUUAACAGCAAUAAUUUAAAAAUGGAUGUGUUUUUAAUGAUCCGUCGAAAAAAAUUAACUAUAUUUAUUGAUGCCAAGGAUACGACAACAGUAUUGGAAUUGAAAAGAAUAGUCGAGGGUAUCCUGAAGGUUCCUCCAAGAAAUCAAAGACUUCACAGUAGGGACAGUAGUGUUAUGGAAGAUGAAAAGCAAUUGCAGGACUAUGGUCUAACUUCGAAUACUGCUAAAGUUCAGAAUCCAGCAACAGUGGGAUUGACUAUACGGGAUGAUAAUGGAGAUUUUGAACAGUUAGAAUUAACCCCAUACUCAGCACCCCCAGAUCUUCCAGAUGUUAUGAAGUCACAAGAAAUAAAUGGCCAAGAACAAUCUCCUUGAACUAGUCAUAUCUCAUUACUUCUUGUAUCAAGCUUGUUCAGUUUUUGUUUAAAAUAACAACGAAGAAGUCCAGUUAUUGAUUCAUUGCCAGCAAUAUAUACUGAAAUCAAUUAUAUUUAAUUUCAAUAAUCUCACCUCAUUGAAAUCAUAAAAUAUCAUGCAUUCACUUUUGAAUAUGGUUGUGUAUAAUUCAUAAUAAUAUAAAAACGCUUAAUCUGUUGUGGAUUAUUAUCAUCAAUUGUUAAUAGAUAUUGUGAUAUUUA